AUGGCGAGGUCUGUUUUUGAUAGUUUGAAUGAAGUUGACGUUAUAUCUCUGAACACAAUGAUCUAUAGUUAUGCACAGAAUGGUUACGGACGCAAAGCACUCGAGUUGUUUAAGAGGAUGAUGAAACUUGGACUGCAAGCGAAUGAUGUAACGGUUUUGAGCGUGCUCUUGGCUUGUAACAACUCUGGAUUAGUUGAUGAAGGUUGUGAGUUCUUCGAGUCCUUUAGAAAGGGUAAGGUCGUGUUAACGAAUGAUCAUUACGCUUGUAUGGUAGACAUGCUUGGACGAGCAGGGAGAUUGGAUGAGGCGGAAAGGCUUGUGAACGAGGUGCUAAACCCUGAUUUGGUUCUGUGGAGGACACUGCUCAGCGCCUGUAAGAUCCAUAGAAAUGUUGAGAUGGCAGAGCGGUUAAAGAGAAAGAUCCUUGAGAUAGCACCUGGAGAUGAAGGAGCUCUCAUUCUCAUGUCAAAUCUCUACGCAUUUACGGGGAAAUGGAACAGAGUGGUUGAGAUGAAGAGUGAUAUGAGGGGGAUGAAGCUGAAGAAGAAGAGUCCAGCGAUGAGUUGGGUUAAAGUCGAUAGAGAAACGCAUACAUUCAUGGCUGGAGAUUUGUUUUCACAUCCAAACUCGAAGCAGAUUCUUGAAACUCUUGAAGAGCUGAUCAAGAAAGCUAAAGAUCUUGGGUUUGUUGAAGACAAAAGCUGUGUGUUUCAAGACAUGAAGGAGAGUGCAAAAAAGAGAUCUUUGCAUCAACAUAGCGAGAAACUGGCCAUAGCUUUUGCAGUUUGGAGAAACGUCGGUGGAAGUAUAAAGAUUCUAAAGAACCUCAGAGUUUGUGUAGAUUGUCACAGUUGGAUCAAGAUCGUGUCAAGAGUUAUCAUGAGAGAGAUUGUCUGUAGAGAUUCAAAGAGGUUUCAUCAUUUUAGAGAUAGGCCUUGUUCUUGUAGAGAUUAUUGGUAA